AUCAAGUUCCGCCUGUCUGGCGCCGCUUCCUCAUGAAGAUGUCUCAAAAUAAUCCCGAGAAAGACGACCAAACGUCCACCGACAAAAAAGCCAUCUCUCUUCCAAUUUCCAGAGUGAGGUUGAUCAUGAAGAGCUCACCGGACGUCUCCAGCAUCAACCAGGACGCUCUUUUCCUCACCACCAAGGCGACAGAGCUGUUUGUCCAACACCUGGCUCUGUCCUCAUUCAACAACGGCUCCGGGAAAGAAAGCAACACUCUGUCAUACAGCGACCUCGCUCACACCGCUGAGGAGACGGAGACUUUCCACUUUCUUACAGAUAUCCUGCCCAAGAAGAUCUUGGCUCGAGACUACCUCAAGUCUUUGGAGCAAAUGCAAGAAGAGGAAGCUGACUUUUAAAAAAGGACACUGGCUGAAUUUUACAUCUGGACAGAUGUUAUCAAAUGUAUAUGCCCUUCUUUGAGAGCAAAAUGACACCCUGAACUUUGUCAAUGCUUGUGAGUACAUUGACAGAGUUCAGCUGUAGGGCUCAUGGAAGACGUGAGUGGACAUGGAGCUGAAAGUAGAGCAACAUAGGGCAAAUGAAGACUCAAAAACAACAGAGUCAUAUGGGAACGUAGAAGUUGAAAUGUCGAAAUGUGUUACACUGACCUAAACUAAGCAGCCUUAGAUGAAUCAUAGUGCCAUCACCCCUUCUCUGCAGAAUUGAUCCCCUCUACAAAGAUGAUAUUUUGCAUUUGGCCCAUAUUCCUAGACUAUCUUUGAAAGCUUUCUGGUAGCAGUGUCUUAUAUAUUUUGUGCUUGUUUUGCAUGCACAGUAAUCAGGAGCAGUGAAUUGUUCUUUCUUAACCACUCGCAGGCCUGUAUGAGCUCACUCCAUGUAACAAACCAAGAUCCAUUCCACACAGCUGGAGCACAGAUGUCUCAGCUCCAGUUAUUGCAUUUUUAAAAUAUGAAUGGGUGAAAACUUUAUUUUAGAGGUGCUGUCAAACAUUGAUUUUCAGUGAAAUAUGCAGAUGUUACUGAUUCUAAGUUAUACAUCCGUUUAAAAAAAAAAAAAAAGAUACUGUCAUGUCUGAGUUGUGAGUAGUUUAUCAAAUACUUGAAAGUUGUUUUGAACUUAUCAAAAGUACAAAUACCUCUUAUUUUUUUCUCAGCUUUACUAAAAGCAACUGAACAUGCUGUCUUUCCAAAUGAAAACUCACACUCAGCCUAAUAGAUGUGACUAUUUAAAGUGUAUAUAACAGCUGACCACCUCACAAAGCAUCUCACUCAGAACUUACAAAUUAAUUGUUUAGAUUUGAUAUUAAAAUAAAGAUUCAUGCUGUCUGAUA